AUGUGUGUUCUUAUGGUCCCAGUUACCUUGUUCCUACUCUUCGCGGGAACAGGGGAAUCUCAAUUGCUCGUGGAUACUCUUUUCUUUCAUCAACCACCUGAGCAUUGUUUCUCCCAUACUGAUUGCAUAUGGAGCCAUGCUUGUUUUAGAUUCUUUUUUUUAUCUCUUCAAGCUAAUUUGUCUUCUGCAGAAUAUGUUCUCUUGUUAGUGACCGAAGUUCAUGGAAGGACAUUCGGAGUCUGGACCUUUCUGACAUGCACUCUUUGCUUUCUUUGUGCAUAUAACCUUGAAAACAAGCCCCUAUAUCUAGCCACCUUCCUGUCAUUCAUUUAUGCCUUUGGUCAUUUCUUGACUGAAUACCUAGUGUACCACACGAUGGUCAUUACAAAUCUGGCAACUGUUGGCAUCUUUGCAGGAACAUCAAUAAUAUGGAUGUUGCUGCAGUGGAAUGCUCAUCAACCACAGGCUCCUAAAAAAAUUGAAUGAAUCCUCAGUAGGGGUCUGAUUUUUCUGUUGCAAGGGAUUUUGGUAAAGAUACUAAUGCUAAGUAUUUUUAGGAAAAAUGCAUUCAUUUCUUAAUGAAAAAUUCUGAUGGUUAGGG